AUGGGCCUUCUGGCAGAGGAAAAAUUGCAGGACACCAACUCAGGCAGGAAAUCACCGAUGCCGACCAUUCCUGCCUUCUAUGGGCCAGCCAUGUCCCCUGCGCCAGCGCCCUUCCGGUUCAGCGCUCACCAGACACGCAUCAACUGGCAGAUUCUGCACGGAGUGGACAUUGACAAACUUGUGCGGGAGACGGACAUAGACACUCUGGAGAGGUGCUGUGCUGCGAUGGCGUACGGCGACUUGCAGGCAGAGGAAUCAGGCAGCCUGUCAGAGACAAACUUCCUGCGCCUGUUCAGGCUGGCCCAGCUCACUGUGGAGUACCUGCUCCACAUCCAAGACCGGCUCGUCUGGGAAAAUGGCCUCCUCAAGGAGGACAAAGCCAGGUCGGCGAAGCACGUGGAAGCUUUGCACCUGCGCGUGAAGGAGCACAAGGAGGAGCUGGCACUCACCAAGCUGGAGGCCAAGCGGUCCAAGAAAAUCCUCAAGUCUGCCGAGGCGGCGCUGAUGACAGAGAGGGAGAAUGCAGAGGCGAAGGCGGCCAAUACAGAUGGCAAGCAGGAGGCAGAGCUGCAAUGGCAGCUGGAGCGACUGCAGCGGCAGUCUGAUGAGCUGAGGGAGGAACGCGAAGGGCUUCUCAGGGACAUUGACCUGCUGAAGGACGCCCUGGAAAAGACCAAGGAAAGAGGGCAGCAGGAGCUGGAGGCAGCAGUGGAUGCAGCACGCCGAAGGGAGCAGGCUGAGGCGGACAGGAGAGUGCUCGCAGCCAAGGAGGAGGCCCUGCAAGUCUCCCAAGGGAGCGUCGAUGCCCAGAUCACUGCAGCCAGUGACGAGAUGCGCUCGCUGCGUCAGCGGCUGGCCGACUCUCUGACCAGGCAGCAGGAGCUGGAGACGCGGCAGAAGCUGUCAUCAAUUCUGGGGGAGUCCCGGACAACGGUGGUGGCGGCGUCUGAGGACAAGGAGGAAUUGGAGCGCCUGGCCCAACGGCUGCGCAGCGCUGAGGACGAAGCUGCGCGGCUGAGGGCUGUGCUCAGGGACCAGGUGGAGCAGCUGAAGGCGCGGCUGGAGGCUGAGCUCGCGGAGAGGGAACGCCUGGCGCAGACCAGGCAGGACCUGGAGCGGGAGGCGCAGGCGAUGCGCACGCAGAUACACUCCCUCAGCCGCCAGCUGUCCUCCCAGCCGCCAGAUCAGGCGCCGCCAGCCGGGGACCGGGGGGACCACGAGGCCUGGGAGGAAAAUGAACAGCUCAGAGAGGAGGUGGAGGAGGCAAGGAAGCAGCGGACACUACUGGAGGCCAAGGUGAAGCGGCUGCAGAGCAUGCUGGUCAGCCAGCAGCCCCAGCAGGAGGAGCUCAUCAAGAGCAUCCACUUCUUGGAACACGAGCUGGGUCUGGCGAGGGCGGCAUCGGCGCGACCGGGCGAGCGGCUGCGCAAGACGGCCUCAAUGGACCGCAAUCAAGGGAAUGAGCCUAUUCAGGACAAAGGUCACAUCCCCGCCAUGCGCCGCUCGGCUUCUGCGGCGCCGGCAGCCGCCGCAGCCGCGCGCAAGCCUGACCAGGCACCCGCAUUCGAAUACGAGUUCGAUUCGGAGGGCGCGCCGCCGCAGCCGUCGCCGGAGGACCUCGAGCGAUUCAACGUGGAGAUGGCGCAUGAGCUGGCCGGCUCCGCGCGGCCCGGCGUGCGCUCGCGCUUCCCGCAGCCGCUGCCCGCCUUUGAGCACACGCGCGCGCAGCUCGAGGGAGAGAUGGAGGAGGAAUUGAACAAGAGUCUGCGCUCGUUCGGCGUCGAUCCUGCAUCCGGGCGGCUGAGCGACGCGGCGUACACGGCGGCUGCCGCGCAGCUGCAGGCCCGGCGGUCCAAGGCGCUGGCUGCGCGGCCGCGCAGCCACCGGGAACGCGCCGCGCACCUUCACUCCACCAUCCUCUGGCACAUCCACCGGGUGGCCAGCAAGAUCAGGAGGAAGGGGCAGCUGCGGGAGGAUGGUGCUGUGGGGCCAGCCACGCUCCAGACCAGGGCCUCCCAGCGCCUCAGCCUCGACCCUCAAGCCACCUGGACUGGCAGGCAACAGAGGGCGUCCACCGGCGCGGCCCGGCGCGCGCGAUCCAGCAGCCCGGUGCGGCAAGGCAGCAGCAGCUACUGGGAGAGGGGCUAUGACAGCGAUGACGAGGGAACCACGCGUUUUGGCCGCACGCUGUCGCAGUCGCUCGCCCCGCCACCCCUGAGAGGAAAUUUUGGCGAAGCAUACUCGCCGCUGCGCUCCGCUAUCCGACCCGGCUCAUACACCUUCAAGAGCGCCCAAGAUGCACCAAGGGAGUCGUGGGUGCCGGCCAGCGCGGCGGCGCGGCCGUCGUCCGCCGAGGCGGUAACGCGGCGCUCCCCGACGCGACUGGCAAAGUUUGACAGUGCGCCCGGCGACUUCAGCCGCCAGCGCAGCGUGCUAGAGCAGUAUGACAUGCCCCUGCCGCGAGCCCGCACUGCCGGCGCCGCCGCCUUCGUGCCCGUAAUGGCCGUAACUGACGCCCCCCCGUAUCACCGCGCACCGGCCCGCGCGCGCACCGCGGGCCCGGCCGACGAUUUCUUCGACGCGCCGGCCCGCGGCGGCGGCAGCGGCAGAUACGCAGCGGAGCCUGCCGGAUAUACACCGCCGUUGCGCGGAAGCAGUAUGGCAACAGACUAUUCCUAUAACCCCCGGCCGCAGCGGACAAGAACAGUUGAGGUGCGCACGCAGCGGGAAGAGUACCAGGACGACGCCGAGCAGCUGCCGCGCGGGAGCAGCCGCGCUGAGAAAGAAUUUGUUCUGCGGUCAGAGAAGUCCUUCACAGAGGGCUACAAGGCAGGCCUGGAGGCGGCUCGAACCUUCUCGGCGCGCGCGGCCAGUGGGAGAUUUGAGGCAGAAGCGGAUGAGUUUCUGGCGGAGGGUGCGCCCCGGGAGACGAGCCGACAAUGGGGCAGCAAGCGCGCCGGCGGCGGAGUGCGCCGCGCGGCCUCGAGCAUGCCGCAGGGGCGCCCUUACGACGGCGAUGCCGAACUGCGCCGCAGCCGGUCCGCCCCCCGGCAGGGCCGGGUGCACUACGACGACGAGGAACAAGAGGAAGAAAUCUUCGAGGACGGGCCAAGCCAGGAUGCAAGGCAGAGGUCUGGCGCCAAAGUGAGUGCAGAAGACUAUGGCAACGAGGCAGUGGGUGAGGAGGAACAAGAGGAAGAGGCAAGGAUGCAGGUUGAGAGGGAGGCUGAUGCACCGGAGGUAGAGCUGCCCUCCUUCCAGUCGCUCCUCCAACGCCAGAAGUCACAACAGGACAUGCGGUACGGGGCGGCAUACUCGCCAAUGGGAGCCUCCAGCCCCGCCCUGGCACAGGCCCUGGCAUCACAGACAUCCGAGUACAGCGCCAAGAAUGCUGCUGCCAGGACCACCAGCCGCCUGCGAAACGUGUCUGUGCGCGUGUACAAAAUUCCCGGGCCCAUCACAAGCGCGAGUCUCCCAUCUAAUACUAAUUUGAGUCAGCAAGCAACUUGCUCACAUGCGCAUGACCUGCGCCCGUACAGCUCCGUGGCUUCUCAGCCGCCGGUCAAGUAUGAGCCAAACCCGGUCUAUGAGGGCGUGCGCACUGCGCGGCUGCGCAUGGAGGAGAGCGGGUCCGGCCUCCGCCACGAUCUCUCAAACGGCUCCGCCCGCUUCCCAGGAACGGGCGGGAAUGACGGCCUGUACGACUCAGCGCGCUCCGUCACAGCCCAGCAGCAGCAGUCAUUCCAGGCGCAGGUCAGCAAGACUCUCAGCACAGGCAUCUCCCAUAGCCAGGAGACAGGACCUGUCAGGACUGUGACGGCAGCCACCUUCAGCAAUGCUACCGGGCCGGUGCAUGCCUGGGCGCCCCCAAGGGCCGGUGCAGCGGUCCAGGCUGCCGGUCUGAAGAGCUAUGCAUCCACUCCUAGCUGGAGCAAGCCGCCGGAGAUGGCCAGUGGGCUGCAGGGCCGGCGCAUGGCGACUGCGAGGGAGUUCUACUCGACUGAGCAUGCCUCCAGCAUCAAGAUUGCAUGA